UCCUGAGCGUGAGCGUGAGAGUGCACAAAUUAUAUUUAUUUAUAAGUCAAUUCCAUCAUCUUUCAUAUUUCAGUCGUAUUAAAGCUCCAAAACAUUAAUCACACAUUUAUUUUUCGUUACGUCAAGUUACGUGACACCAUCCGGAUGGAGAACUUGGGUUUAUCCAUUCUCUUGGCCAUUUUGGCCUUAAUUUGUGGCAUUUCGUACGCUUAUAUGACAUUAACCCGAAAGGCAAGAUUGCUGGGAAGGUUUCCAUGUCCGGGAAAGUUUCCUAUUGUGGGGUCGAUUCCUUACAUGUAUGGUCCGAUUGAUGAUGCUGCUAUCCGUUUUGAAAAUUUGGUGAAAAAGUUUGGCCGACGUGUCGUAAUAUGGUUGGGUCCGAAGCCGAUUGCUAUCGUAAUACUGGCGGAGGCAGAUGGUGCACAGAAAAUCCUGUCAUCCGUAAAAUACAUCGACAAAGGCGUCGCCUACUCCCAAUUCGAAUGGCUGUUCGGCAAAGGUCUCGUCACUUCGAAUGGACAGCUUUGGAAAGAUGACAGAAAAUUACUUGGUCCUUCCUUCAAGUAUCAAAAACUUACCGGAUUUCUGCCAUAUUUCAAUAAACAUUCAAAAACGCUGGUCGAAAUACUGACAAAAAUCUCGCAUCAACCGACAAACCUUCACCCGAGAUUGGCUCGAGCAACGAUGGACUUCAUCUCAGAGUCGGCAUUUGCGCAAGAUUCUAAUUUUCAGAUAAAUGACGAAGACAAAUUUCUAGCAGCGACACACAUGGCGCUGGAUUCGUUUCGACUAAGGCUCGCGAGACCAUUGUUGGCACUUAUUCCAAUAAUUUGGGACCGAUUUGGGUUAGGAAAACAGGAUAAAGUUUGUUUGGAAUUGACUAAUCAAACUAUGUCGGAGGCAAUUGAAAAACGUAAGAUUGCUUUGGCUCAGGAGCAAAAGUCUGGAAUGUCCGAAACAGAUGAAGAUUACGCCAUCCAAAAACCUUUCCUAGAUGUGCUCCUGGAUUCAAAAUCAGAGAAGGAUAUCAUCGGCCACAUUGUGACAAUAUUCGGGGCGGGCUUUGAGACCACAGCCAGCGGGAUGAAUUACACCUUGUUUCUCCUCGCUUUGAAUCCAACCGCUCAAGAAAAAGUGCACCAUGAGCUAGACUCCAUUUUUGGCGGGGACAUCAACCGUGACGUCACAUUGAAUGACUUAUCGGACAUGAAGUAUUUGGAAAUGUGUAUCAAGGAAGCGUUAAGAAUUUACCCACCCGUACCCAUCGUUGUUCGAAAUGCUCAGGAGGAUAUUCCUCUCGAUAACGGACAAAUCGUACCGAAAGGAGCUCAGGUGAUGGUCCUCAUCCGCGAAAUACUCCGAGAUCCGAAACACUACCCGGAUCCAGAAGCGUUUAAUCCGGACAGAUUUCUCCCCGACGAAUGCGCAACUCGACAUCCAUACGCAUACAUCCCAUUUUCCGCAGGCCCGAGAAAUUGCCUGGGAAUGAAGUACGCCCUGAUACAAAUGAAGGCUUGCCUGGCCCACAUCCUUCGCCGAUUCCGUGUCUCUACUUCGCAAAAACGGGAGGAUAUCAGUCUCCUUUACGGGAUGGUUAUGGAGCCAAAACCGAAAUUGGAAAUUAUGCUAACACCGAAAUAAUUUUGAUUUUUACAAGUCCACAAACUAUGUAUUUAUAAUUAAUUUAUUAAAGGUGCUCGUAAUUAAUAAAUUGUGUACACCAUUAUUGCA